UCCUCCUUGGAACACACCCGUCAGUGUCUCAGUGUGAUUUUGACUGACUGACUGACUGACUGGCGGGGGAUUCUGGAGGAAACACACGGGGAAGGAUUCACACAGUCUCCGCUUUUUCACCGUCUUGUCUGUCAGUGUUGUCACGGCCGAUGGUUUUCUAACCUCACCGCCUGGCUGACCGCCUCACCAUCGGAUCUUUUUACUUGAUUCUCCCCCCUCCUUGAUUGGCUGAACCGAGGCUGAUCCCAGCCACCCUGUAUCGUGGACCGUGGGGCUGUUCAGCGAGCCUUAUAGCUGAAGUUGGGCACCCGAGAUGAGCGCCUGGAGACCCGGGAGCGGUGCUCUCCACUCGCCGGGGAGAGGGUCGUGGUCGUGGCGGUGCUGCUGGUGGUCGUGGUGGUGGGUGAUGAUGAUCGGGGUGGCUGUGGGCUCGGGGGAUCCCUGGAUGUCCGUGGACACAUGCCCGUCGUCCUGCUCCUGCAGCAGCACCAGGAUCUCCUGCGUGGACCCGGGGCGAGGAAUCAAUGCUUUCCCGGUCCUUCAGAGCGAGACGGAGAUGGAGAACAUCACCGACAUCUACAUCGCCAACCAGAGCAGCUUCUCCUCCAUCAACGACAAAGACCUGGACAACUACAAGAAUCUCAGGAACCUAACGGUGACCAACAGCAGACUGAUGUACGUAUCGAUGCUGGCCUUUAAGAACAACCUCAAGCUACAGUACCUGAAUCUAAAGGAUAACAACCUUUCGUCACUGUCCUGGAGGAUAUUCAGACACCUCAACAUCUCUUAUCUGAACCCUCUGCACUGUUCCUGUGAGAACAUGUGGAUCAAGCUGUGGUUAGGAGAGGAAGCAGACACUCAGGAGCUGCGCUGCAUCGAGAAUGGAGGAGGCCGCAAGCUGCUGUCCGGACUGACUUUACCUAACUGUGAGGUUCCCAUGGCAACGUUGAACCCAUCCAAAGUGACAUUAAUGGAGGGGAAGAGCGUGGACCUGUCCUGUACGACCUCUGGGGUGCCCUCACCUGAGCUGAUAUGGAAUAUGGCGCUGCUCUCCUAUUAUGAGAUCGAGACGUCAGGACAGAUUUCGGUGCUGCGACUCUCCAACCUGUCCUCUCUGGACCACAACAGCAAGAUCAGCUGCACGGCUGAGAACAUCGUCGGAGAGAAAGAGUCCGCGCUGCUGCUGGAUAUUCUUUUUUCUCCCAAGAUCACGAAGCUGAGUGAUGCGAUCCCCGACCAUAACUGGUGCAUCCCCUUCAGCGUGGCAGGAAACCCAGAGCCGACGCUGCAGUGGUUUCGGGAUGGAGAAAAGGUGACGGAGGGACUCUUCAUCAUGACUCUGAUCCAUGACGUCACAGAGAGAGAGUACCACGGCUGCCUGCAGCUGGACAACCCCACGCACCUCAACAACGGCCGCUACUCACUCCUGGCUACAAACAAAUACGGGACAGACCAGAAGGAGGUGGAAGCUCACUUCAUGAAACAGCCCUGGGAUGGAACUGAGAAGGAACCGAUUUAUUAUGAUUUCAUAACAGAGGGCCCUCCUUUAGACCCUCCUAAAGACGGAGUCGCUGUGUACGUGGUGGUGGGCAUCGCUGCUGUCGCCUUGACCUGUUUCAUUCUCAUGUGUGUCGUUCUCAAGUUCGGAGGGAACUCCAAGUUUGGCAUCAAAGGACCGUCUUCAGUGAUCAGCAACGACGAUGACUCUGCCUCUCCUCUUCACCACGUCUCAAAUGGCAGCAACACCCCGUCGUCCUCGGAGAUGGGCCCAGACGCCGUGAUCAUCGGUAUGACCAAGAUCCCGGUGAUAGAAAACCCUCAGUACUUCAGGAGCACCAACAGCCUGCUCAAAACUGACACAUUCGUCCAGCACAUAAAGAGACACAACAUCGUGCUGAAGAGGGAGCUGGGAGAGGGAGCCUUCGGGAAAGUCUUCCUCGCUGAAUGUUACAACCUCUCACCGGACCAGGAGAAGAUACUGGUGGCUGUCAAGACACUUAAAGAGGCCAGUGAAAAUGCCAGGAAGGAUUUCCACCGGGAGGCUGAGCUGCUCACCAACCUUCAACAUGAACACAUUGUUACUUUCUACGGCGUGUGUGUGGAGAGCGACCCUCUUAUCAUGGUGUUUGAGUACAUGAAACACGGAGACCUCAACAAGUUCCUCAGGGCUCACGGUCCAGAUGCGGUUCUGAUGUCAGAGGGUCAGACCACCAGACCCGUGGAGCUGACUCAGUCUCAAAUGCUGCACAUCGCCCAGCAGAUAGCAUCCGGCAUGGUCUACCUGGCCUCACAGCACUUUGUGCAUCGUGACCUGGCCACCAGGAACUGCCUGGUGGGGGAGAACCUGCUGGUAAAGAUCGGAGACUUUGGCAUGUCCAGAGACGUCUACAGCACUGACUACUACAGGGUCGGAGGUCACACCAUGCUGCCAAUCCGCUGGAUGCCUCCUGAGAGCAUCAUGUACAGAAAGUUCACCACAGAGAGCGAUGUUUGGAGUCUAGGAGUCGUCCUGUGGGAGAUCUUCACCUACGGCAAACAGCCCUGGUACCAGCUCUCCAACAACGAGGUGAUAGAGUGCAUAACGCAGGGCAGGGUGCUGCAGCGCCCCAGGACCUGUCCUAAAGAAGUCUACGACCUGAUGCUGGGCUGCUGGCAGAGAGAGCCGCACAUGAGACUCAACAUCAAAGAAAUCCACUGUCUGCUCCUCAACCUGGCCAAGGCCUCGCCUGUGUACCUGGAUAUACUCGGCUGAAACCCGGGAGAGAUUUUGGAUGUGUGUGUGUGUGUGUGUGUGUGUGUGUGUAACAGUAUUUUAAGGGUGCAUGCAUGUGUGUGUGUGUGUGUGUUUUUGUUCUUUUUAAGGGUGGACAUGGUGACACCUGUGAAUGAAGUGUGCUCAUGCAAGAUGUGUGUGUGAUGCAAGGCACCACUGUACAGGAUGUGAAGGUAUUACCAGACUCUUAAAGGCAAUCAAAAAAAAAAAAUCCCUCAACCCGUCCCCUCAACCGCCUCAUUCCUUCCUCCCAUUCACCCGUUUCCUCUCUUUUGUGCACCUCUGCUUCUCCUUCUUCUUCUUCUUCUUCCCCGCUCCUUCCUUCCUGGAGAAACAUUUACUGAGAGUGAUUUAACUUUAGAGGAGGGAGAGAAAAAAAGCCUCUCUCUCUUUUCUUUUUUUCUUUUUUGAAUGCUUUAAAAACUGACUGGGGCUGAAUUGAUAAAAACCUGAAAUAUGUAGUGACUCAUCCCUCGCUGCCCGUCGGACGACAGGAGGAGUCAAGAGGAUUUCUGUGAGUGUUUGGCGUGUAAAUAUGGGACUGGACGACGGCGAGAUGUUUAAUUGGGAAGAUGGCUCCGGACGGCGUCGAGCCAUGACAACACUGUGUCCCCCCCCCAUCACCCUAUCCGUCUUGACUGUUUGUCCGUCUGUCUUUCUUUAUUACUGUCAGCAUUCAUCCUACUUCAGCUAAACAAGGGGAUGAUUCAAACUGUACACUGACUACAAGAGGAGAGAUGAGGGGGAAAGCAAACACAGUCUGAUGUUCUGUGUGUGUGAGGGCGGAAAAAAAAGAGAAUUUCUGGAACUUUACAGUGCCUGCUUGAAGCUGAGCUGAACUUCUGCGGUCGCAUUCAGGAUGAAACCUGAGGUGUUUUACUUCAUCGCAAUUGCAAAUCCUAAAAAUGUAAAAAAAAAAAAAAAAAAGAAGAUUGAACUAUCCGACUCUACUCAGUAUCUCCUCAUGCAACGGACUCACACAUGAUUAUACGGAUAUAUGCACUCAUAACCGCUCGGUGUUACACUCUUACUUUGCUCAGGCCUCAAACAUGCAGCUCAUGGUAACAUGAUGACUUUACCCCCCACCACCAUCCAGCCUCCUCCCAAAGUGACAGAUGCUUCACUUGUGAUGUCAAGCACUGAUGUCGGAGGUCAAUUGAUUGAUUUGUACGCAGCUGUCUGACGAUGCUGAAGGAGGAAGAGGAGGAGAAGGUGGAGGAAGGGGGCGGAGGGGGGUAGUAAAAGUUGUAGAGGGGCGGGCCGGGUUUUUUUUGAGUGGUCAGGUCUCGGUCAGCGGUGUGUGGGCAGUGGUGCUGUUGAAGGUGUGGUUCAUUUGGUCAACCCGUAUUAAAUCAUCAAGGCUUUCAGCACUCAGACAUCCUUGAAAACCACAUGUGUGCUUGACGGGGGGGGGACACACAUAACAACACACAAACACACACUGUAUACCUUACCAGUCGCCCCCCCCCCAUCUCCCCACACACACACACACACACACACACACACACACACACACACACACAUGCACGCUAAAAGACACUCAAAACUGUCCGAGAAGGAAAUUGAAUUGUGCAUGUUUUAUUAUUUGAGCGGUGCAGUGCUUUAGCCGGGGCCCCCGUCCACUGUAAUGGUGUAAUGUAUAUUUCAUUACAGCCUAAUGGGCUCCAUUAGCACAGUCUCCUCACAGACAUUCAAGACUUAUUGUUUUAUGGCUGAGAAGGACGGAUGGAGGGGUGGAGAGGAGAGGUGAAGGAGAGGAGGAACGUGGGAGCAGCGGAGAGAGGAGAAAUGAGAGGAGAGGUAAUAACGCAUAUUGGGGGAAGAAAUGGAGAGGAAAGGAGAGAGAGUCCCGAAUGCAGGCGAUGAGGUAGAAAGGAGGCGAGGAAGAGGUAGGAACGGACGAAGGAGGAGAAGAUAGAGGAGAGGGAGAGGAGGUGUGAAAGUCCUCGGGGAGAAAGUGAAAGUGAGCAUCCAUCAUUACAUGUCCUGUGAGCCACAGCUUCAACCUCACACACUCCCAUCACAUUCCUGUGUUCAACGUCAACCGCACACAAACACAUUUUCACUCAACAGCUUACACUAAAAAAAAAAUAAACUCAAUAAUGCACCACACAGCGCCAUUACUGAGAACCACUUCACUCACUUACAGUACAGCUCACAUAUCUGCUCUCACCGACAUACUGUAUAUAAACAGCGGCUCACGUGCAUGCAAGGAAACACGUUUAACGUUUGUUUGGAGCUUAUUUUACUCGUUCAAACGCGACCCCCCCCCUGAGGUUUCACUAACAGCCAUUUUAUUUAAAAAAAAAAAGAAAACAUCCAUCUGGAAGGCUUUACGUUUCUUGACAACAGCACUUGAUGGUAUCGAUGUUUGUGAACUUGAAAAUGUUGGUUUUAUUGAUUUCUAUAGUAUUAUUAUUUAUAAAUUAAGAAGCAUUUUUGUACAUUUCUUUCUAUAUCUACAGUUGCCUUUUGCAACCGCAAAAACUGACUGAUAACGGUCACUUUUUAAUUUGAUUGUGUUUGAGCAAAUGUGUAAGAUAAUCUCGAGUGUAUUUUUACGUCUCCCUCUUUGAGCUACCUGACCCGUCCUUGUGUUCAGAGGACUCUACAGCAAGGAUUGAUGUUUCACACAAGUGUGCAGAUUACAUUUGGCAAAUAUUGCAAAAAAAAAAAAAAGAAUCGUCUCCUGCAGAGCAUGAAUGUGAGGGUUAAUGGUCGUAGCAUCCCACAAGAAGAGCUAACAAGCUCCUCAGAAUCCAUCCCUGCUGUACAGUCGAGUAGAACGAGCGCUGCACUCGACGGGAUUCAAAAACUUACAAACACUGACUCUGUGCAAUAACAGAGGGCAAGGGUGUGUGUUAGCUGGAGAUGAAAGGCGAGACACAAAGUCAAAAAAAGGUUUGAAGCAACAUGCCAGCUGGCUGCACUGUGUGUGUACAUACCUGCUGUGUUGUUGUUUUUUUUUGUAAUAAUGAACUGAGGGGACUUCUCACAGGAAGACGAUGUGUGAGACACUGUUUGUUUUGAUGAAGACUUGUCAGCACAACGCAGGAGAGAUCUGUGAAACUUUAGUUCUGCUCCACCCGAAGUGUUGGCUGUCUUCGCUUCGAUGCCUCAGAUCAAAGAUAACAGUCAAAUAAUGAAAUGGAAAAUAAAAAAAACAAAGGAAAAACUGUCGUAAUGAACGGACACCUCGGACAAGGAGGGACUGACAAUCACAGACUUUUCUCGUUCUCUCUCUUCUUCAAGUGACCUACUGUAAAGUAGACUUACUCAACCAACUUUCCUCUUCUAUGCUGCCUAUACUGUACGUGAUAGUCUUAAACUUUGGUCUCUAAAAAGUGCUACUUUUUUCUUGAUUUUCUUUUUUGUAAAAUGAAAUAACAGCGAGAGGAAUGAACAAAAACACAAAUGUACAAAUGUGAAUAAGCUGCUGAAAGAAUUGAGCGCCACAAAAUGCCGUGUCAGAGACCGUGUCGGUAAUUAGAUUGUACUUUUCUUUUUCUUCUUUUGUCUUAGAAGUGGAGGGGCAGAGAAAAUGGGGAAAGCUAUAUGGGACUCACAAGUGACUGUAAGCAAACGGCGGCCAUUUUCCUCUGACGGCUUGGCUCAGGGUGGAAAGAUAAAAUGCUCUUCUGUUGCUUUAUUUCAGGUUGCAAACAAAUUGUUAAAAAAUUAUUUACACAAAUUAAAUUAAUAGAGACAUCAGGCCAUAUGUUGUUGUUUUUUACCUCAAUAGCUUACAAAAGAUGACAGCUAACGUUAGCAUUUUUCCUCUAUCUGGUUAACUGGUUGUCUUAUCAGAAAAAACAUCGCCUACAUUUCUUGCUAACGCUUACGCUACAAAUGUACACCUCUCUAGUUAUUGAGCUUUAUGGCAGGUUCACAUGUUGGCAUAGCAUACCUAGUUUUAAAGCUAAUAUGUGCUAAUACUGCAAGAGCUUGUUUAACACUAUAGCUAGUUGAGUUAUCUAAUAUAAACUGUUAGCUAAUAUUAGCUUUUGUUUCAGCUAAUUGUUUGCUUUACCUUUCCUUCAUCACUCUCAAAUGAGUUUGUUAGCAAAAAUAACCGGCUGGAUGUUAGCUCGAUUUAUAUUUGGUGAUAUAUCAAAUGUUAGCUAAUAAGUUAGCAAACAAUAUGUGUUCAAGCUAAUCAUUUGCUCAUAUAAAUUACAAGUUAAUAAGUCAAACCUUACCCAGGGAGUGGCAAAAUGGUAGCUUGUGUUUGACACUAGCUUGGUUAUCAAAAAUUAAUUAGAAAAUAUAAUGCUUUAAAGCUAAACCUUUGCUAAUAUCAAACAUUAUACCUCUCAACUGCACUAUCAAAUUAAAAUGUUAGCUAGUGAGUGUUUGAUCGUUAGCGCUUGUUUACUUUGGUGCAUUAUCCAAAAUUAACUAAUGAGUAAGAAGAUAUUAGCAAAUGUGUUUAAAAGCUUAUCAACAUAAAAUAUUAGCUAACAUGUCAUAACUUUAUCACGGUACUUUCAAAUUAAAAUGCUAGCCCUUCUUUAAAAUCCCCAUGGAGCCAGCCUCAAGUGGACACUCAAGGAACUGCAGGUUUUUUGCACUUCUGCAUUGGCUUCAUUUUUCAACAUUUGAGGGUUGCCACUUGAUUUCAAGCAUGAGAAUGUGUUUUUAAUGUCAUGCAGACUCUAACACGAGCUUAUUUCAAAUAUGAUGUUUUAACUUCAAACAUGUCCUGAUGUCCCUCCUGACUUUUUAUUAAAUGUAUCUUCCAGUUGCUGAUCAAUCAGGAUGGAGUGAUCAUUUAUUGGAUUCUCAACGUUUAUACACGUUGCAACCUGGAACAAAGCAGUUUUAAAUUGUAGCCUCAUUUCUGGUCCCUGCCCUAAAACGUUAAAAUCAGAGGAAAAUAGUCGCAGUGUGAUAACGAUGAAUUAAACAAAAUGACAUUCAGCUGCCCACCGGGUGCAGAGCAGUUCUCUCUGUGGUGUAUGUGUGUGUAUAUGUGUGUGUGUGGAGAAGGCUGAUUGAUGCUGCAGUGAGUCAGGAGGGAUUCAGACCCCACCCAAAUCCAAGUUCAAAUAACAUUCAACGGAGGAAUCAGGCAUUGAUUUGUUGUCGCCGUUCACCAAUUCAUGACAAAUGACUUUACCCGCUGAGGUCGGUAUUAUGGCAGCUAAGAUUUAUGGAAUCACUCAAUUGAUUUAUUUAUGUUUCCAAAUCAGCCUCCUUCUCGACACAACCUACUGAACCUUUCGUUCCCCUGAAAAAGUAUUUCAGCAAUAUCAACAGAUAGUUUCUGUUUUCUUAUCGCCUCAUCAUAACCUAAAAUAUCGGGGGCUGAGUAAAGUUGAACUUUGCGACUCAGUGAAUUGAAGCCAAUCCACACUCAGAUUCAGAUCAGGACUUUGAGCGUGUCAUGAUCCAUAUCACGUUUAAUCCCUUCUCUCUCACACAUCACAGUCUGAGCUAAUAAAGCUGAAGAAUCAUAAAGGUCAUCUUUCAGAUUACCUUUGUGCUCGGAUGCUUCUGGAGCCGCUGCGCCUUGAAGAAUGUAAAACCACAAAAAAGUGCUUCUCUGCAAAAAAAAAGUGAAAACUGUGACUUGCUAUAUGCAGUAUUUCUGUUAUUCAGUAAUUGGUUCUGUGCUGUUUGUCUCUGUGUUAAAGAGGGGUUUUGUUGCUGCCAUGGUCGUAGAAAAAGAAGGAUUUAAGUGGAUGUGUUGUCAAUGUUUGGAUUGUGAAAGGCCUCAGAUGGGACACAGGACAAAAUGUGUAUGAAAGAGAUGUUUCAAUGUCAUUUAAUGCCUAAAAAUGUAAGAACCAUCUGUAUUGCAAAGCACACAAGGUAAUUAAAAGCUGGAAAUGAAGCAAAAAAAGUGCUCAGCUUGUAUAAACACACACACACACACACACACACACACACACACACAUGCACACACACACCAGAGGGACAUGUACAGUCAUAUAGUCGAGUGGUGGAAGUGAGUCAUGAUGAUGAUGAUAUGAUUUCUCUCUGAACCUGGACCAGUCUGUCGUGAUACAAUGUAAUUAAUAAAAAGUGUUAUGUCA